UCCGAGCUGGGGGUCCCGGCGACGUAACUAGCCUCUGCAGGGAAGAAUUACUACACCUAUGGCUGGUGUUUUGCGUUCAGUAUUUCAGAGGCCUCCAGGCAGACUGCUGACUGUGAAGAAAGGUGUGGAAUCUCUCAUUGGUACAGAUUGGAUUCGUCACAAAUUUACCAGAUCAAGGAUUCCAGAUAAAGUGUUUCAGCCUAAACCUGAAGAUCAUGAAAAAUAUGGUGGGGACCCCCAGCACCCUCAUAAACUACACAUUGUUACAAGAAUAAAAAGUACAAAAAGGCGUCCAUAUUGGGAAAAGGAUACAAUCAAGAUGCUUGGACUGCAGAAGACACACACCCCGCAAAUUCACAAGAACAUCCCUUCAGUGAACGCAAAGUUGAAAGUAGUUAAACACUUGAUACGUAUCCAGCCCCUGAAGCUACCGCAAGGACUUCCCACAGAAGAGACCAUGUCUAGCACGUGCCUCAAGAGCACUGGGGAAUUGGUGGUACAGUGGCAUCUGAAGCCUGUGGAGCAGGAAGCAAAGUCUUGAUGUCACACGGCUGCAGAUUACAAACCGCAGUUAUGAGGAAAUGUUUCUCAUUAAAGUGUAUU